AUGUGUCUGUACCACGUGAUCCCCACAGGUAAGAUCUUCUGCUACUACAGCAGUUUUGCACAAACCCGCCAUGGGAUCGGCAACUUUCUCCCCGAGGACAUCGACCCCAGCCUGUGUACCCACGUCAUCUACGCCUUUGUGGACAUCACCCCGGACGGCAGGCAUCUCAUUCCCUUCAAUCGUAACGAUCUGGGUCCCAGAGGACUUUAUGCCAGAACCCUAGCGUUGAAAGACAAGAACCCCUCCCUGAAGGUUCUACUUGCCGUCGGGGGGUGGCAGAUUGGUUCUAAACCUUUCAUUCCCAUGAUCAAAAAUGAAGAGAACAGGCGUGUGUGGAUCAAAAACGUUGUCCAGUAUCUCAGAAAGCACGGAUUUGAUGGCUUCGAUGUGGACUGGGAAUUCCCGGCCACCAGGGGAAGUCCCCCUGAGGAUAAAUAUAGAUUUACACAACUUAUGAAGGGAUUGUUUGAAGCAUUUGCUCAAGAAGCUGCUGACACUGGCAGGGAGAAGUUGUUGCUGACCUUGGCCACGGCCUCAGGGACCUAUUACAUCGCACAGAGCUAUGAACCUAAACAGAUCAUCAAGUAUGUUGACUUUAUGUUACUGAUGACUUACAACUAUCACGGUCAGUGGGAGAAGAUAACUGGACACCACAGCGGAUUGUACCGUCACAGGGAUGAUCCCAAGACAGGAGAGAAAGCCCAGCUGUACCAGGAGUGGUCCAUUGAUUACUGGCUGGACGUGGGCAUCCCUAGAGAGAAACUGAUUGUGGGUAUCCCCACUUACGGGAUGUCCUUCACCUUGGCCAACCCUAGCAACAGUGAGGUGCAUGCUCCAGCUGUGGGAGGUGGGAGGAUGGGAGACUACACCAGGGAGACGGGCAUCCUGGCUUACUAUGAGAUCUGCAUGAACCUGCGAGACAAGGGCUGGAACUCUGUGUGGAUCGAGGACCAGGCGGCCCCCUACGCUGUGGGCGGGGACCAGUGGGUGGGCUACGAGGAUCAGAAGAGUAUUAUACUUAAGGCCAACAACAUCAAGUCUCGGGGUUUGGCGGGAGCCUUUGUCUGGUCAGUAGAAAUGGACGACUUUAGGGGAACUUGUGGUCAAGGAUACUACCCAUUGCUGACAACCAUCAGGGACAUUUUGUCAGAACCACAUGUAAGUCACACUUGUCACAUUCUGUAUUUAUAUUAUCAGUGUUUGAAUUCUGUUCCAUGUUGGUCACUUGUCUUAUUCUGUGUUUAUAUAAAACCUGUACAUUUUGAGCUAUAUUUUUGUUGGUCACUUGUCUUGUUGCAUAUUAUAUGA